GCAACUCCAGCAGAGUUUAAAAAGGAGCAGCAGCAGCAGCCACAAGUCAGAGAGCAGAGGAUCCCUCUCAGAGAGCAUCAGGUAGCUCCAUACAUCCGGAUCUAGGAGGCUCCUCGCAGCCCCUCUGGAUCUGGAUCUGCAGAGGGGCUCAGUGCCAUGCACACUGCGGACUAUGCACUUCUCCUGAGCAGCAACAACCACUCUCUGACAAUGGAAACACCUGGAAACAACACCACCACCGUGCACCUGAACGGAUCCGAUCCGUUUGCGCGCAACGAAGAUGUGGCUCAGCUGGAGAUCCUGGUCCUCAGCAUCACCUUCGUGGUGGCUGUGAUCGGCAACGUGAGCGUCCUGCUGGCGAUGUACAACACCAAGAAGAAGAUGUCUCGCAUGCACCUGUUCAUCAAACACCUGAGCCUGGCUGACCUGGUGGUCGCCUUCUUCCAGGUGCUGCCGCAGCUCUGCUGGGACGUCACCUUCCGCUUCUACAGCCCGGACUUCCUCUGCAGGAUCGUAAAGCACCUCCAGGUGAUGGGGAUGUUUGCAUCCACCUACAUGAUGGUGAUGAUGACCCUGGACCGCUACAUCGCCAUCUGCCACCCUCUGAAAACCCUCCAGCAACCCACCAAGCGCUCCUACAUCAUGAUUAUCUCCACGUGGAUGUGCAGCCUGGUGUUCAGCAGCCCGCAGUACUUCAUCUUCUCCCUGAGCGAGGUCAAGAACGGCUCCAACGUCUACGACUGCUGGGCACACUUCAUCGAGCCGUGGGGCGCCAAGGCCUACAUCACCUGGAUAACCGUGGGCAUCUUCCUCGUGCCCGUGGUCAUCCUCAUGAUGUGCUACGGCUUCAUCUGCCACAGCAUAUGGAAAAAUAUCAAAUACAAGAAAAGGAAAUCGACGGCCGGCGCAGCGAGCAAGAACGGGCUAAUCGGGAAGAAUUCAGUCAGCAGCAUCACGACUAUAUCAAGAGCCAAGCUGAGGACUGUUAAGAUGACUUUUGUGAUCGUGUUGGCGUACAUCGUUUGCUGGGCGCCGUUUUUCACAGUGCAGAUGUGGUCCGUGUGGGAUGACAACUUCCAGUAUGCUGAUUCUGAGAACACAGCGGUGACUCUGUCUGCGCUCCUUGCCAGUCUCAACAGCUGCUGCAACCCGUGGAUAUACAUGAUCUUCAGCGGUCACCUCCUCCAGGAUUUCGUGCACUGCUUCUCCUGCUGCCGCAAAAUCAACGCUAACUUCAAGAAGGAGGACUCGGACAGCAGCCUCCGCAGAACAACGCUGCUGACUAAGAUGACCAAUCGGAGCCCUACGGGCAGCUCUAGCAACUGGAGAGAGCUGGAGAACUCUCCCAAGUUCUCCAUUCAAGCGGAGUAAACACACACAGCCAGGCAACAGCGGUUUACUUGGGUUGGGAAUGGAAACAUGUCUGGGAGUGGCAUCAAGGUACACAUAUCAACUCAUCUUAACUUUGGGCAUGACUGGCAGUGACUGAAAUGUCCCUCAAACUCCAAAACUAUGAAACAAAUCAAGCUUUUUGCGUGGAAGUCAGGAAACAGAGCGAAGAAAUGUGGUGUAAACUGAGAAUUUGCCACAAGGAGAGAGAAUAUGGACACAUUACCUGUGUCUUUUCUACAUAACCUCGGCAAAAAUAUUAGAAAAACAUUGGGAAAAGAAGAGAAACUGCAAAGUUUGACUUCUAAUUUAUUAAGUUUGUAUAUCACCACACCUGUUUGUAAUGGCACUACACGCUGUUUUUACAGUAAUUUGUUGAAUUUAGUUGUAAUACUUGAAGUAUUCUUUAGUCCAGAGUCCCAACGUGAUUUCUUUCUGAUACUUUUAAGAAAGAAAAUGUUUUUCCAGGAAUACUGAUGCUUUUAGUGGUGGUUAUGUUUCCCCGCGGUGCCGCCGAACACCCUUUCCUGUUGGAGUGUUUACAGAGAUAAAACGUAUUAUAGCAGCCAGGAAGUGCGCGGUGGUGAAAACGACUCUUCCAGACCGCACGUCUCUAAGUAACCGAGGCAGUCACCUCAUCCUUUGUGAUUAACUUUCCAUUUUGCUGUGCUUUCUCAGAAUCACAUUUUAGUGGUUUAUGUAAGAAACAAAACUUUGCUUUUGCUAUCACAAAAAAA